AUGCCUGAUAGCGGAUGGGCAAACGACACUUUGCCGGCGGAAACGGUCGACCAGGCUCAAGGAGACGAGUUCGCCGUGAAACCAAACGACGGGGCUGAGAUCCCUGAUGAAGCGGAGCUGGAUGCCUCAGCAGAGGCCACCUCGCUCCUUGGGAUCAUUUCUGAAUAUCUGAGAUCGCUGUUCCGCAUCGCUGUAUUGAUUCGCAAAGCGGGCCCUCGCGACCGAUUCAAGCACGCCCUCCAGCAUUCGGACACGACCUUCACAGAUAUCCUCGACGUGAGCCAUUUACGAGAAAAGUAUCCCAAACUCUCCCCGGCAAUACUCAAGUCCUUGGGAGCUGCGAAUGCCAAGAGACGACAGUUCUUCAAAUACUGCCGAGACCACAAGACACGACUAUCACACGAACAUGAAGAAGAGAACCGGCCAACAGGAUCCCGCGCUGCCCGGACUGAGCUGGUAUCGAGCAAAGCCACGACGUUCGUCCAGCCUGUACUCUUGGACACCGGGAACUACACUUGUGAGAUUGAUGAAGACGACGCAGUCUCUCAGAUGACGGCCUCUACAGUCAGCGGUGGCAAGAUGACCUUGUCCCUCCCACGCCUGGCGACCUUGUCACCGGACGGUGAUCCGUUCGAGUGUCCGAUCUGUCGAACAUUUCAGGACUUUCUCACGGAGCGUGGCUGGCAGAGACACGCGUUCCGAGACCUCAAGGCGUACUCGUGUACCGCGGGUUGUGACAAGAUGUUUGGCGACCGUAGUCGCUGGUUCGAGCAUGAGUUGGCAGAGCACCUGACACGAUAUACAUGUAGCCUUUGUGUCUCUUCGUCCGAGAGUUUCUCCGAGUCCUCACUUCGACGACACGUCAGUCAGGCUCAUAGCACAGUCCCGGAACAUAUGAUCAGUGGGCUUCUCUCAUCUGGCAGAAUCUCAAUCACGAGGUUCCGCAGCAGCGACUGUCCAUUCUGUGACGAUUGGGGCACUGCACUCGUUGCUAAGCUCGAUCCGGCCGGGACACGAUAUGGGCCCGAGAACAAGGGCAUAUCAGUCACAACUAGCCGAUUCAGGAGGCAUGUGGCCGCCCAUCUGGAGCAGGUGGCCAUUUUCGCAGUACCGAGGGAGAAUGAGGAGGAUGAGCUCGAGGAUGGUCCAGGUUCUAACGCCGCAGGGCCAGCUUCCGUUGCGAGCUCAAUAACGUGGUCACUGCAUUCAGGUGGUCCCAGUGAGGAUAUAGAUGUGGAUGAGGACUGGGAAAACCCCGGGGAGCCACAACUACUAUCUGGUCGUCACGGCAUGAUGUCUAGUAUUGCCGAAGGUCAAUCACCCCCUCAGUCCAAUCUUUCCAACAGACAAAGAGAACUUGCCAGGAUGUACAUGGACAGCAAUCAGAAGCUCGAAGACAUCCUGGACGCCCUUCGGGAGUUUCCAGAAGGCCGCCAACCGCUGCCUGAAAUGGCGGACGACUCGUUUAAUACAGGAAUGGCUGAUGACCACCCAAGCUUGCCGGGAGAGCUGGAGCAGAGAGGUGAUACAGUCGAAGGAGUGGCCGCAAGUCUCUCCCGGGAAGAGGAUACGGCAGACAAAGAGGGCAACCCAGGUACAGAAACGGCGCAAGGGGCAACUGAUGAUGCGAGUGUGGAUGUCGCACGUAUAGCCGCUGACGUGAUUGAGGCGGACCGCCUGGCCGAGGCGGAACAGGAGUUGCGCGAUGAGGAGAUGGAAGUAUUGUACCAGAUCCGCUUGACCCACAGACGUGAACGCGAAGAGAGCGUCGCACGAAAAGAAGAGGAAGCCAGAGCGCGUGCUGCUGGCGACUCGGUCGCCUUGGCUGAGAUUCGGUCGCGUCAUGCGGCGGAGCGGGAGGCAAGCGCAUUGCCCGAACUGCGGCAGAUACAUCGACAAAUCAAGGAGGGCCAGCAGCGUGACAAAGGAGAGCCGGAGAGUGAGGCAGACGAGAAGCCCUACGAGGCAGCCAACGAAUCCGCAGAAGACAUGGAUCUAGUGCGUGCCGCCCGAGAGAGAGCUGACGACGAAAUCCGGAAAGAGGCUGAGGCUGCUGCUGAGGCUGACGCCUUGACCGCAGCCCAUCAUCGGGCUGAAGUUGAAGUUCUCGAGGCGAUCGAGACUGCCAAGAAGCCUCAGGCGACCAACCGCCAAAAGUCGGAGAGCACUCGCUGCGAUCUCGUGAACGAAGCAACUGUUCCCGGAAAGCGCUGCCCGAAGUGCACGGAUUUGGUGUGGGUAUUGCCUGGCCGCUGUUGCCCGUACUGCGGCACAUAUGUUGGCGAAAUGCCCAGCCAAGAAGACUGCCAUAAGAGGUUCGGGACAGAUGAUGAAGAGUCUUGGAAGCGGGUGAUGGAAGAGACCGUUCUGAAAGAUGAAAUUGCUGCUCGGAAAGAGCUCGAGAAAGUGCUCGAAAUCCAGGAGGCGGCCCGCGAGCAAAUAGCUCUGGAGAACAAGCGACGGGGAAAACGGCCUGAUUUCUCGGCUACUGCGAUAGAAUACGAGGAUCAAAGGAGAGAUCCUGGCGAGGCUACGCAGUUUACGGCUGGCCACAUCGGCAACAACAUCCGUGACUCCGCGGGUACACAAACCAUGGGAGACGCCAGAUCCCCUGACGAACAAAGCAUCGAGGAUACCGUGCAGAGCUCCACGUCUGCACCAAACACAUCGAAGCCCAAUGUGGACACGGCGGACGCGCGCGUCUCUGCUACCACCACGGAGGACACGAGCCUGGAAACCGAAAGUACGGGACGUGUACCAGGGAGCUCGAACGCUAGCGACAAGGACGACUUUGUGGAUCUGACCCACGUCGACCAUCUACGCGGCAUCAACAAAUAUUCAAGCGAUCCGGGUGAACUUCCGAGAUCCAACGAGGCUAGGGGCGAAGAGCCACUGCAUUUGGCCGUGUCAUCAUCCACUAGCCAACUGCACAAGUCCCUCCCAGCCGGCCCGGAGACCAUCGACACUGAGAAAAGGCAACAUGCUGUCUUCCAGAAAACGUCGAUACGAUAUUUGAAACGAACCGGGCUUCAGCGCCUUCUUGAGGGUAUAUUUCCGGGCCACUCCGAGUUUUCCAUCACGAUGGAUGACAUGUGGUGGCGGUUUUCGGCUCCAAGAAAAGUGUCUCCUGAUGAAAUCAACCCCGCCAGACUUGAUUAUGACCCCGAAUCGCCAUUCACCUACGAGGACGUAUACUCUAGGCCGUAA